AUGGGUGGAAAGACUUGGUCUGUAGACGAAGAACGAAUGCUCUGGGAAGUCGUUGUUCCUCGCUCAGUAGCUGCUGCUAACCCUGCUGAUCGAGGCAUGAGCUGGGACCAAUGCGCCCAAUUUAUGAACGACAAUGCUGGUGAUAUCGCCCAACGCAACUAUACUAAGAACAUGUUAUACGAGCAUCACUACCAGAACAUUGUCAAGGGUGGUUCUUCCCCGAAUGCCGGUCCAUUUGUUGAAAGGCACCUACGCUUGAUCGAAUGGUACAAGAACCAUAGAUCCCCUCCGCCGGCUAGCCCUCCUCCAGUUCCGCGUCCCUCUCAGAACCCUGAACUUACCGCACUUUUGAGCGAGCAGUCGAAGCCCAAGAGACGACGGGGCAAGAAUGCAGCCAAAACUCGAGUCGCGGAGUAUCGAAAUGUACUACCCUCUAUCGAUGAGUCUGGACCUGGACCUAGUGGCUCAGGUACAUCCAGCGUGCCAUAUGCUCGUUCGUUCGCUCCGUUGGAUUGGGCUCAGCAGCAAUCUUUGGGAGAGAACCAGGCACCCCGCCAUGAUCCGAGAGCGAAAUAUGCACUCGAUUUUCGCCCGCUGCCCAGAACGGUGCGUGCCGCCAGACCUGGAGGCAACUUCUUGAGCCGGCCCAUGGAGCAAGUUGAAGGUGGACUUUGGCGCCUCGUACCUGAAACUCGAGAGAAUGAGAACCCCGGAGAGUCAAUGUCCAUGGUUUCGCGAAAUAGCAAUAUCCAGGCUCGACAUUCCAGGACGCAGGAGGAAAGCUCAUGGUCUCGGCCAUCUACUGGACCUUCUCAGCGAGCCCCUCAGGGACCCCAGGGAGGGAGCCUACCUUCUAUCCGUCAAGCAUUUCCUUUCAUCAAUUUUAAGCAGCCUACAAACUCUACCCCCUUUCAUGAGACAUCAUCUCAGACUGGCAAGCGCGGCUACAGUGGUGGCCAGGACCAGAAUCAGGCCCCUAAGCGACGAAGACUUCCUGAUCACCCUGUCCCCCGUCAAAGCAACCAGCAGCCACCCAACCAGAGAAAAUGA